CCCUGGCACUCAGCAGCACCUCUCCCUCCCUGAGGGAAGAGGAAAACCUUACGUCAAGCCACAGAAAUGCUUCUCAGCCCUGCCCAAACCCUUGGAGCAAUUCCCAGGCACCAUCCAAGGACUCUUGUGGAGACCACUAGCUGCUUACAGUAGCUGAGCAUAUCUCAAAGUGCCUUUUGAGCAGUGGGAGCAGCACAGGCAGCCUACUCAGGAGCUGACAUGCAGCAGAAGAUCAGCUCUUUCUUUAAUUCCAUCUUGGAGCUCAUCCGUACCAAGCAUGAGGAAGGCAUCUUCAACACCGUGUGCCUGGCCGUGCUCUUGGGUCUACCCUUGGUUGUCCUCAUCGCCUUCAUUUUUAUCUGCUGCCACUGCUGCUUCUGCAGACGGAGGAGAGAAAGCACGAGGAAAGGUGGCCCCAGCAGCAAUGGGCAGCUGCAUGCCGAGAGGAACAAGAAGAAAAAGAAGAAGAAGAAGAAGCAUGAUGAAGAGGACCUGUGGAUCUCAGCUCAGCCCAAGCUGCUCUUGCUGGACAAGAGACCCUCCUUGCCCAUCUAGCAGACAGGAGGGUGUUCGGGUCCUCUCCUCUGAGAUGCCACCAUCCCUUUCACCCGUGCACCAGGUGGGGCGAGGAGAUACCAAAGCUGCUGCCACUUUAUGGUGACUUUCGACACAGGCCGAGCCCAGCGUGUUGAGGGGCCAACAGAAAACAAGGCGGCCGGACACAGGUUGUGCAAGUCUCUUCUCCCCCACCAUGGCAGCGUGCCCCGGGGCAGAGACCCCUGCAAAGGACAGGUGAGCGCACACGGUGACAUGCCACCAGGUCCUACGCACCUCCUGCCACGAGCACAGUGCACGCACGCGGGGCCGGCACAGCGAACGGGGUGCGAGGCUCUCCCUUUGCGCUCGCCUGCAAGCACGCGCGCCGUGCCGCAGACAAGGGCGCGCAGGACAACAUCCACCCAAACGCCAAGGCACCUGCACGCUCCCCUGCACAACACAGACAGCUGCGAGUGAAGCAGACACACCUUGUUUGCUUGCCCUGCCAUGGACAGCUUCACUGUCUAGGCUCCGUCCUAACCCAACUCGCUUUGGAGACACAAAGAAAGCUGAGUUACCCCACGGCUCAAAGAUGUGCCAUCUCCCAGGCCACCAAAGCAAAGUCACUUGCAAGCACCUGAAGCUAGAUGCCCUCAGCCCAACCUUUGAGACCUCAGACACCAUCCUAAGACAGCACAGCAGAAGGACUUCUUGCCACCUCGGCUAGAGGAAGGAAGGAGGGAGGAGGCUGCCAAACCAGCCCUUUUGCACCAGCACUUAAGAAAACACCUUUCUUGAAAGACUGUUUUAUACAAACUUGCCAUUAAAGAACCCACCAUGCUACUGCAAGAGCAGAAACACAACCUGAGGCUGUGUAAAAGCUUUGCUAUGGGCAUUAGAGUUAUUUAUUGAAUGACUACUAAAGAAGAGCAGGACCAAAGGCCCCUCUGGAGCGGGGCCAGACACAUGGAGCAGUACUGAAGCAGCAGACAUGUUUUUCUGGCACACUCAGCCAUCACCUCUCCCUGCAGCCCUUGUGCCAUGUGUCAGACAUGUACAGACCCAUGAGCACGUGCUGCCUCAGCUGAUGCCAGCUCUUCGUGCUGCACUGGAGGUUUCUGUAUGGUUGUCAGGCUGACCAGCUCUGGGAUUUUGAAUGUGCUGUAGAAGCAAAGUAAAUUCCAUGUGCACAGUCAUCCCUUACACAGGGAUACGUUGUACAGCCAGACUGUGCACCUCUCUCCAUCCUCACUUUCCUUGGAAAGACGGUUCAGGUGUGCACAGCAGCUAACAGCACCACACACAGCCCUCAUCCCUGCUCUGUUUCCCACCUGGCUUGUUUCCCAUCCUAGGUCCCUUGAGCUGGGAGUCUCCUUUGCUCCCCAGUCUCUCCUCCACCAGGCUCUGUGAAGAGAAGCCUCAUCACAUCUGGGUGUUGCUGUCUGUACACUUUCUUCCAGUUCUUAAGCUGCUAAAGCAGACCAGAGCUGCCAGCCAGAGCCAGAACAAGCAGCAAAACCCACAUGGGCAAGCCUGAACAGAGCUGCUGGACACAGCUGCUUCCAGCCCAGGCAAGGGUGAUGCCACCUUGCCCUCACUUGGAGGACAAAGCCACUGGCUGGAAGCAGCUGCUUGUGCCACCCGGUGCCAGCACAGCUUGUCCUGUCUGAUGCAGGCAGGGCUGUGAUGGUCACAUCAUGUCACAGGGUUUGGCUGCCUGCAGCUGUGCUGGGAACAGCCAUGAGGCUGGGCUCCUCCUCACACAGCCCUUUAAACUGACCCCAUAUGUGCCUUAUUUCCCAGACUGCUUUGUCACCAUUGAAAUUAGUGACUCCCUUCUGCUCCAAAACAGGAACAACAUAAAAUGGUGUAAAAAUUAGGAUCUACCACAUGGAAACGCAGAAAUAGCUCUGAUCUCUGUCCCAAGCUCUCAGCCUAACCAAGAUCCUAGAGAACUAGCACUGCACUCGUAUUAUUCCUUCUUCCUUCCCUCCUUUCCCUAUCCAAGUACUUCUCUCAGCCCUCCUGCCUCCACACUCACCAGGUGGCCAGAGGAGCUCAUGCAGGUGCUGUGAUCCAGAGGCAUGAGCAGCCCUGGAGGCAGGGUGGUGCUGCCUGGAGGAAUCAAAAAACAGUAGAGUAAAGGGAAACACGAUGGGAGGCCAGAGGUUCAGCCAGACAAGCAGGGGCAGGGAGGCAGCGAGCACCGUCAGAGUACAGCCCACCUGGUGUGGAGGUGCCAGGCUUUGCAGGCCUUCCUGCAGGAGGCUUUUCUUCAGAAAGCAUUGCAAGUAACUCCAGGUGAGGGCAACCAAUUCCUACCAGAGAACUGCCAGGAAAACGUCAGCAUUGUAUCGCAUACAUCUCCAGAUGCAGGCUUUGGGGAGUUCAGAGCUAGGUCUGAAUUUCAAGAGCUCCCCAAAAAUCAUCAUUCAAACCACCCCUGGGCUGGACAGGGAGGGACCAGGAAACAGCCCUGUCCUGAUCCAUCCAACCAGUGGAAGGUCUGAGCCUCUGCACUCCCUAAAGCACGGGGGCUGUCUAUUGGUGUCUAUUGUUAGAGCCAAAGAACGCACUGAAUCGGCUGCUUCUGGAGGAAAAGGCAAAAGAGCAGCAACAGCUGAGGUGCACUAGAGCCUGUUACCCACCAGCUGGACAGUAGCAACCCUGCAGCACCCACAUUACCAAGGGGGCAGAGAUGCACAGUACAGAAACUCCACUGCAUGGUCCCUGCUCUCCAGACACCCCAGCCCUGCCUCCCACAACUGCAUUUCAGUAUCAACCUUCAAUUCCCCUGAACAAGUCCAUGCAACAGGGAGCAAAAACAAAACAAAUUUUGCGCAAUUUUUUUAAAAACCAAAAAUAAAUGACUCUUGAACUGCAAA